AUUGUUGGCAGCACUGAACACGUCUGGAACGCGCGCCUACGAUUGUGGACGAUUUCGCCGCACAAUUCCCACGUUUUUCGUUCGUGUUGCUCGGGAUUUUCGAGUCGAAAAGCAUAAAAGGUCAUAUUUCCCAAAUCCCGUAGUAGUUGGCACGUCUCUCACUCAGGUGAAGUCUGGUGACUUGUGAUACUGUCAAGUGAUCCGUGUGGACAAGUGAUUUUAAGAGUAAUGUUUCUUUGAGAAGUAUUGUGAACAUUUUCAAAGUCAAUUAACUAAAAAAUUAAGAGAGGACAUCCGCAAUUUUUGAUUUCUACAAAUUUAUUUACUCUUGCUACGUAAAUUCUGAAAAUGAAAAGGAAGUUAGUAUACGAUGAAACAGAAGAAGAUAAUAAACGACGCAAAAUAGAUCUCUGCACGAGAGUAGAAGCAGCGUUUGACUUUGAUCCUAUACAUUUUCUUCGGUGUCAUUCUAGCAACAAUGACGAUGCAGAUGUUAAGACACAGGUGUGGCAUUGUGUGUUUGAACCAAAUAAUUCAGACACAGUUGCUACUUGUGGUGGCAAUAGUGUGUGCUUCAUCAACGUUGAGAGUGGAGAGGUUGAAGGCAAAUAUUAUUCAGAUAAAAAGUACAGUUCACUAAGUAAGGGUGAUGUGAUAGUUUUUGAUAUAGGAUGUCCUUUGCCACCCCAAUACAAAACAUCAUUUGUGAAACUUUAUGUGCUAUCUGCAGAAUCAGAAAUCUUCAGCUUAUCCUUUUCUUUAGAAAGUAAUGUCUUGUUAGCAGCCUGCAAUGAAGGAUUACGUGGUUGGAGAAUUAAGUCAGAUGACGAAAUGGACACCACUCAGAUACUUGUGUUUGAGCAUCCUUCAUUACAAGGACAGAAUUCAACCCAGAAAGGAAAUCAGCUUGUUGAUUCUGUGGAAGUGCUUAGCAAUGGUUUUGUUGCCACAAAGUGUGCCCUUCAUGGAAACAUAUAUGUAUGGAACAUAAGGGAUACCUUGAAAGAUAUCAAGAACCAGCAUACAUUAAAGAUUGCUCCUUCUUAUGUUCUUAAAUGGAAGGACACUGAUAAUUACUUUAUGUACAUGGGAUUUAAUAAAGAUCUUUUGGUUUGUGGAGAUGAUAAAGGUGCACUUUGGAUUUAUAAUACUCGUUCCUUUAUCUCUGAAGGUGAUACACCUUCCAAGAAGAAAGAUGUUAAACCAACACUAGUUCUGCCUUGGCCAGAUUUACUAGACACUUACUCUGAAAGAAGAGGUAAAGUACGUUUGGAUUUAUUUGACAUUGUUGUUGAUAAAGCUACUGUGAGUGGCACUGGACAGUAUAUUGUUGCUGUGACUAGCAAUAAUAUGGUUUGCGUGUGGAAGAAAGUGAAAGUUUAACUUACAAAAGUAAAUUUAGCUAAAGAUCAAUAAAUUGUGCGAGACAAUAUGGAUUUCUCUUUAUUGAUUUGAUGUACUAAAUUAUGUGAAAUGGAAAUGUGAAAAUAAUAUGAAUUUUGUUGCAUCUGUGAAUAUAUUUCCAUUUGGUUCCAAGUUUGAAAUUGAAAGAAAAGGUUCUGUAUCAGUAAUACUGUGUGUUCAGUAAUGCUGUAUAUCAUAUAUUAGCAUUGAUAAAAAAUUGAAGUUACAUAUUAUUGUAUGUAAUAUUUUAUGAAAGGAUUAUGUUUUCAUUAUUUUUCCAAUCCUUUUUGUUUUGAUACUGAUUUAUUGUAUUAGUUUGUAAUUUUUUCCCCAUCUCUCUUUUGGUUUCUUUCCUUCUUGCUAAACCUUUUUGCUAUUAUCCUUAAGUGGAUUUUACAAUUAAAUUUGUUCAAAACAACAGUUUUAUGGUUAUGAUCAACAACUUCAAAAUAGUUGGUUUCUUUCCAUAACUUGGAUGUCAUUUGAUGAUAUCACUGUCAUAUAAAUAUUUAGUUUCCAUUUAAUAUGUUUUAAAUAUAAUAUUUUGUAAUAAAUCUCUGUCAAUAUUGUCCUUGUGUAAUGUUAAUAUUUUAAAAAUAAAGAGUUUGCUGAAAAUGGGACCAGC